GGUGCGGUGGACACAGACGGUGCUAAUCCUUGUCCAGUGAUUAUGAUGGGGCUUGAGGGGCACUUGUCAUUCCGAAGUCUUACCACGAGGGGGCGCCGCGGACCGAGCUAAGUGGUUACCCUUUGCGGUCUUGUUCCUCCCGACAGGCUGCUGUCCUCAGGACUUGCUGGUCAGACAACAGGCUAAGGGUGAGCCGUGUUCCGGUGGGCAGCUUCCGCAGGGAAGGAAGCCCGACGUCAGGAAAGAGGCUCGCAGUUGGCUGUGGGCACCUACCUGCGCCAGGCAUUGCACCUUGGUUCUUGCGCACUUGGGUUCCGGAGCUCAGAGAGUCCAGUGUCCAGCCUGGAAUCCGAAUCAGCUUGUUCUGCUCUGGGAUGCGCGGUUUCCCCAACCCUGAGCAAAGAGAGCAUCCGUCGUUUAGAUGGGAAAGCAGAGACCCAGACAGGGGCAAGGGCUUAGUGGCAGCUGCUCUGGCUGCCAGCCCACCCAGGGCUCUUUGUCCUGCUAGGGCUGGGGGCAGAGGGUGGACCCCAGGAAGUCCAGCUAUGAGUCAGUUCUGAGUGCCCAGGGGACGGGACAGAGGCUGCUGGCCAGGGAUAGAUGCUGGCUGGUACCCCGCUUCCACAAAUGUGGGUGGCCUUGGUGAUUCAGUUUCCCUGUGUCUGCCUAGAGGGGGCCGGCCCUGGGCUGGGAGAGGGAGGAAGUGCUGGGAGUUAGGGAGGGACUAUGGAGGGGCCUUAAGGGGCUCGGUGGUCCAACUCGUCUGGAUGCUGAGGUCCCACGGAAUAACUGUGGCCAGAGAUCGGGUGGCCCCGAGACUGGUCCUGGGAUGAGGGUCCCUGGGUGGGGGUCUUUGAAGAUGCAGUCCCCGGUGAGGCUGGGGGUUUUAUCGGGCUCCCUCAGAAAGGCACCUCAUUGUCCCCGCACUGAAUAGGUCUCUACGGGGGGCUUGCCUUGGCGCUGGAUGUGGAGGGGCCUGAUUCCCCACUGCUAGGGGAGAGGGGACAGGCAGCCUGGCCACUCCAGCUGGGGGGCUCUGCUGAUGGAGGGACUGCUAGGCGGAUGGAGGAGGGGCCGUGAGCGGGCGGCUUGGGGGAGGAGCGAGACAUCCCUCCCGGCUCCGGGGGCGGGGCCUAGCCAGGGGCGGUGCUGGGGGCUCAGCUCAACUUUCCGGGUGGGGCGCGGGCGGUGGCGGUGGAGGCGGGGCCUAAGAGCGCGGGGCCUCGCCCGCGGGGCCGGCCGGGGCUGAAGCCUGGCUGGAGCUGCUGCGGGAGCCGGAGCCGCAGCCGCAGCCGCAGCCGCAGCCGCAGCCGCAGCCCGAGCCGCCGGGAGCCGGAGCCGCCGGGAGCCGGAGCCGCCGGGAGCCGGAGCCGGAGCUGGAGCGCAGGCCCCUGCCGGAGCCUAGUCUAGCCGAGCUCGUCGCGGAGCAUCGGCCUGAACGCGGGCCGGUGUGUCAGCUAGCCGCUGGGCCUGGGCGCACUGUCGGAGGAAGCGAGCCGCGACCACCGGGCACCACCGGGAGUCGGUGCCCGGAUCGCCCCUGCCAGGCCUGGGCCCGGCCUGAACGAGCAGUAGGUCGCGGGGUCUGGACCGAAGAGGAAAAGGAACGAGGAUUCCAUCUAAUCGUGGAGUGGGCUUAAAAGCGGGAAGAAGAGUGGAGACUUCACGUGGGACCGCGCAGAGGUGCCUGCAGCUUACUAGGCCAGGCUUGAGCACCGGACAGCCUGGCAUGCCAGCCGCUCGGCCGGGGUUCUGCCCUGCCUGAGCCAGGAGCACCGCAUAGCUCCUGGACCUUGGCUGGCACAGGCCUAGCACAAGAAGCAGUGCUCUCACCUGUCUGAGGAACUGUGCUUGGGCCUGGCCCAGAGUGGGACUCUUCGGUGGCCCAGAGCUGGUCACUGGGGAGCCGUCCUCCUGCCCCGGACCCACUGGUACGGAUGUGUCGCUGCCCGCUGGAGCACCAUGACGGCAGGAUGACCUCAGCGGAGGCAGUGGCUAGUGGUGCUCGGGGGGCUGGGUCCCCCGAGUGGCCGCCCGACACCCCCCAGGCCCUCGGGCGGCCUGGCCGGGCCCGGGUGGCCGUGGCAGCACUGGUGUGGCUGCUGGCAGGGGCCAGCAUGUCAAGCCUCAACAAGUGGAUCUUCACUGUGCACGGCUUCGGACGGCCCCUGCUGCUCUCCUCGCUACACAUGCUGGCAGCGGCCUUGGCGUGCCGCUGGGGGGCACAGCGCCCCAUGCCCCACCGCACUCGCCUCCAAGUGCUGCUGCUCAGCCUCACCUUCGGCACCUCGAUGGCCUGUGGCAACGUGGGCCUGAGCGCUGUGCCCCUGGACCUGGCACAGCUGGCCACCACCACCACGCCACUGAUCACGCUGGCCCUGUCCGCGCUGCUGCUCGGCCGGCGCCACCACCCGCUGCAGUUUGCCGCCAUGGGCCCACUCUGCCUGGGCGCCGCCUGCAGCCUGGCCGGGGAGCUCCGGACACUGCCCGCUGGCUGUGGCUUCCUGCUGGCUGCCACCUGCCUCCGCGGCCUCAAGUCCAUCCAGCAGAGUGCCCUGUUGCAGGAGGAGAGUCUGGACGCGGUGACCCUGCUGUAUGCCACCUCGCUGCCCAGCUUCUGCCUGCUGGCGGGUGCGGCCCUGGUGCUGGAGGCCGGUGUGGCCCCGCCGCCCGCCCCCGCCAGCUCCCAGCUCUGGGCCUGCAUCCUGCUCAGCUGCCUGCUGUCCGUGCUCUACAACUUGGCCAGCUUCUCCCUGCUGGCUCUCACCUCCGCCCUCACCGUCCACGUCCUGGGCAACCUCACUGUUGUGGGCAACCUCGUCCUGUCCCGACUCCUGUUUGGCAGCCACCUCAGUGCCCUCAGCUAUGUGGGCAUUGCACUCACCCUUUCAGGAAUGUUCCUUUACCACAACUGCGAGCUCGUGGCCUCCUGGGCUGCCCGCCGGGGCUUCUGGAGGAGGGGUCGGACUGGCAAAGGUCUUUGAGACCUAGGGGAACACUUGGGCUCUCUGGGACAGCCCCAGCCUGAAUCCAACCUUGGCCAGUGGCCAUGGGAAAAGCAGAGAGCAGGCAGCCACUGGGGCCAUGGGAGAAAGAGAGGGGCCUUCUGGAAGGGCCACCUUGGAGGCUGGAAUGGGGAUUCCUGGAGAGAACCACCUCCUGUCCCUUGCCUGCCUCUAACCACAGACCUCACUCACCACUGGAUGGUGGGUCUAGACCUAGCACAGGCACUGUGCUUCUUGGACUGAUUGUUAGGAUGAGCAUCAAUCUCCAAAAAUUGCUGGCCAAACUUUGAAAACCUCACCAUGUUCUGAUGACGACGAUGAUGAUUCUUGGCGAUUGCACAAUCCUUCCUCCAGGAAGUGGGGGAGGCAGCUAGGGGGCCCAGGGAAAGGCUUCUUUGUUGCUGGGAUCCCCUGGGGAUUGGGGUCAUCUGUGCCAACUCUAGGCAGCUGCUGUAGCCUCACCCCUGGGCCCCCCAAUUUUGGGUCUUCCAUCCUCAAAUAAACUAUUUUUGCUUGUA